AUGACCAGGGAUGAUCUCAUCAGCGAAGAGCAGCUAAAACUUGUGACGUUCGUCAACUAUGCCGUCAUAGCUUGCGCCAUCAGCUUCAUCGGAAUCCUCCUGAACCUUGUCAACGCUGCCGUGUUUGUUAAGCAGGGUUUCAAAGACACCAUCGCCAUCUCCCUCUUUGGGCUGACGGCAGCCGACACGGGAGGUUUGGUGAGCCUCAUAUGGAUGAGCUUGUGCUACAACCCGCUGGUGGUUGACGGGUUGCCUCAUGUGGAUUUCAUCGGCGUCCAGCACAUCACCGCUGGUUGGCCACACGUCUGCUUCACCCGCGUUUCCUGUUGGCUGACGGCCUUCAUCACUUUCGAGAGAUAUCUGUGCAUCGCGUUCCCUCUCAAGGUCAAGAGAAUUCUGACGCCUAGAAGAACCGCCAUUGUCGUCAUCGCGAUAUUCACCAUUAUCAUUUUAUCCGUUGUUCCGGUCUACGUCGCCAUCCACUUUGCCUCGUCUGUCAGCGCCAGAAACAACAGCGAGGUCAUCGGUAUAGCGUACAUUCCUGGCGGUGCUGCUCUAGAAAAUGCCUCAAUCUACUGCAGCACGUUCUUCCAGUUGUCGUCCUUUGUCUGCGUCAUCGUGUGCACAGUGGGGCUAGUCUACAAAAUCACCGAGAGGUCAAAAUGGCGCACCGCCGCGUCUUCGGCGUCCAAAAAUGAAUCCAUCUCCAACAGAGACAAGAAGGUCGUCAAGAUGGUCGUGGUGCUCUCCUUGGUGUUCAUCGCCAGCUUCACGCCAGUCAUCCUCCAUAUGAUCGCCAUGCUGUGUCAGCCAGGGUACAUGGUAGGUGGACGUUAUCAGAACCUAUUUCUUCUCUGUGGCACCUUUGUGUUCAACCUCCAGGCCGUCAACUCGGGCUCCAAUAUUUUUGUGUACCUCAAGAUGAGCACCAAUUUCAAGCUCGUU